AUGAAGUGGCUAUCUGUCCUGCCUCAACAGUGUAUUUUGCUGAUGACAUGUCUCCUAAUGGCCUUGGAAGCUGUACCUAUAGACAUAGAUAAGACAAAAGUCAAAGGAGAAGGCCAUGUAGAAGGGGAGAAGGUCGAAAAUCCAGAUACAGGACUUUAUUAUGAUGAAUAUCUCAGGCAAGUAAUAGAUGUCUUGGAAACAGAUAAGCAUUUCAGGGAGAAACUCCAGACAGCUGACAUAGAGGAAAUAAAGAGUGGAAAACUAAGCAGAGAGCUUGAUUUAGUAAGCCACCAUGUGAGAACACGGCUGGAUGAACUAAAAAGACAAGAGGUGGCAAGAUUAAGAAUGUUAAUUAAAGCUAAAAUGGAUUCUGUCCAAGACACUGGCAUAGACCAUCAGGCUCUCCUUAAACAGUUUGAGCACCUGAACCAUCAGAAUCCUGACACGUUUGAACCUAAAGACUUAGAUAUGUUGAUCAAAGCA